AUGUCUGAGCCCGAUGUGUCAACCGACACACUUCCCAAUGGAAUGCAUAUUACCCGGACUGAAACUAACCCAAUCCCUUAUCCGUUACCUGAGGGUGACAUCAAUUCUUCCGCCGCUUGGAAGGAUGCAAAGGUCCAAUUGGCAGAUCUGGGUGUUUCGUGCUGGGGAGACAAGAUUUCGGAAUAUCCUAUCGAGUUGAUCCAGAGCCCCGCCUUACGUGCUCCCGAAGUAUGCGUCGGGGCUGGAUGGGGGAAACCUGCAGAUAUCUGGAGUCUCGGGUGCAUGAUCUACGAGCUCGUGAUGGGGCAGCCUAUUAUUCCCGCAAACUCAGAAGACCACACGGUGCCGCUUCUGCAUGUUGUCCGCUUCGGCGACUACCCACGUGGGCUGGUAAAGCAGGGAAAAUAUAGCGACCUGUUCUUCAACGAGGAUGGUUCGGCAAAGAUCGAGUUACCCGCGCAAAAGCCGCUGUCCGAUUCUAUCAGGAGGCGUGGUUCUCCGGACGCAGAGCUGUUCAUUGACUUUCUGCAGCUCAUGCUGAGACUGGACCCAGCUGAGCGGGCAUCGUGUUCGCAACUGCUCGCACAUGAAUGGCUGAACUCGGAGCUUGUUCUUCCCGACGUUAAGCCGAACAACAUUAUGUUUGAUAUCGACUCCGACCAGGUCAUGCAUUUAAUACAGGGAAUGCCUGAUAUUGAAGCGUCGACGGAUAUAGGCCGUGGAGGGUUUACGAUCACUCGUUAUGAAUCCUGUUCGAUCCCGUUUUAUUUACCCAAGGGAGAUGUCAAUUCUGCUGCUACAUGGAAAGACACAAAGAUAAAACUGGCGGACGUGGGAGUCUCAUGUUGGGGAGACAAGACUUCCGAGCACUUCACAGACUUGAUUCAAAGUCCUGCUCUGCGUGCGCCCGAGGUCUGCGUUGGAGCCGGGUGGGGGAAGCCUGCCGACAUAUGGAAUCUAGGGUGCAUAAUUUAUGAGCUCGUGAUGGGACGGCCUAUAAUUCCCGCAGAUUUAAUGGACGACAUGGUUCCGCUUGUUCAAGUCGUCCGCUUUGGUAAUCAUCCGUCUGACUUGCUGAAGCGAGGGAAGCAUAGCGAUGUGUUCUUCAACAAAGAUGGCUCAGCAAAAGUGCCGUUACCGGACCCCAUGCCGCUGUACGAACCCAUCCUCAAGAAUGGUUCCCGGAACGCGGAGUUGCUGGCUGACUCUUUACAGCUCAUGCUCAAGCUGGAACCUGCCGAGCGGGCAUCGUGUUCACAGCUUCUCGCGCAUGAAUGGCUAAACUCGUAA